CGCACAUCAUUUACCGCGAAGAUGAUGAGAUCCUAUAGAAUGGAUUCUGGCUGUCGCACGGGGCGAAGAACAAGUGUUUGGAAACAUUACGACCCUUUACUUCUAUAAAUAAGUCAUGCUUCAGAGAGGUAUUACGCACGCAGGUCGUCUAGAUAAGUUGUGAGUGCUUUCAUAUUUUAAUGUUUGCGUUUUGUGAUGUACACGAUGUAGUAUAAUUUUAUGAGUGCAGAUCAAAAUUACAUCUGAACUUUGGGACUCCAACGAGAAUUUCUUUGAACUUCUGUUUUAGUCCAGAAAUUUCAAUGGCAAUAGUCGUCAAACUUCAUUCAUGAACAUCGGCCUACUGUAGAUAAGUAUUUGACCCUCUCUGGGAUCGUCCUGAAAGUACGUCCGUUUUCCACUGCUACAUUUCGGCAAAUUACGAAAGCUUGGCGCCUGCGAGACUCGGGGUAGGCCACCCCGCCGUACGCGCAUGUACUACAGGCAAGAUGUUGCCUACAUACUCAGACGUUAUGAGAGCUAGCAGAGGGUGAACUUAGCAGGUUCGUCACGGCGACUGACGGACGUACUUUAUGGACGAUCCCUUUUCACUCGGCACAAAUUCAGAGUAAGACGCCAGGAGACGGUGGUGUGCUCCUUCAGUGUAUUGACAGAGUCGCCUCCAAUAAUAGACACAGGAAUUAGAAAUCACGCUUUUCCUAAAUGUUCAAGGCAAUUACUAAGCUGUUCUUUAGACCAGAGGAUAAUAUCCGAAUAUUUGAUUCGUUUUUAACCACAGAAAAUCUUACAUCUCCUUUAGGUAGAACAUUUUUCCCGUUUGGGCCAGUAUAUCAACAUCGAAAAUAGUCGCAUUUUCGACCACCUGUUUCUGACAUGCCGGCGCGCUUUCGGCGGCCUCUCUGGCGGCCUCUCUAAUUGCUCAGCGGUGCUCACGCGACGCCACGGUGCUGUUGUCGCCCCUCGCGGCUCGCUCAUAGGGUUGUGACCCUCCGGAGCCCCUCGGGGGCAGCUGUCGGCGUGUCGCGUGCCCGUCACUCGUCCGCGGGACGCCCUGUUGGCCAAAGCCAGGGCCAUGGCCUGCACUGCCCUGCGAAGGGCGCGCCGGGCCGGAGUAGCGGCCCGAGCAGCGGCCGGAGGCAUGAGGCAAUGUCCACCAGGGCGCUGCCCAGAGGGGCGCUGCCCCCGCGGCGGCCACAGCCGGCCCCCACCCCGUCCUGGACCGCCAUCAAACCGGACAAGAACGCCGUUCUCUUGCGGAAUGUCCAGCGGCAGCUUGCAGCCACAGAGGGCUGGCCGCUCCUGCAAGGCGGUGUACCCUUGCCCGUCCCGCGCGGGGCCAGCGCGGCGCCGACCUUGUUCGACGACCUGCUGCCGCUGCUGUGGACGCUCCGCUUCGUGCUCAUCCUACCCGUGACCGUGUCUCGCGACACUCGCACCGUGCGCUUCCGCUGGCUGUCGUGGACCACGCUGGUGACGGCCGUGCUGUGGAUGCUCACGUCCGCGAUCACCUGCGCCGUGGUGCGGGUCCGUCUCGCCCCCGUUCUCAGCACCGGCAAGCACUUCCACGUCUGGGACGUGGUGCCCCAGUACUCCACGGCCAUCGGCAUGAGCUACAUCUUCUUCCUGCCCGUCGCUUGCUGGGCCACGGCGGACCGCUGCGUGGCGCUCGUCGAGCUCUGGCUGCGCGUUGAGGCUCUCGCCACGGCGGUGACCGGCCCACUGCAGCUGCCUGGGCUGCGCACCCGCGCGCGGGUCUACAGCUUCGGCAGCCUGGUCCUGCCCGUGUUGAUGCAGUCGCUGGCCAUGUUCGUCCUGCCCCACGAGAGGUUGUGGAUGCUUCCCGCGAUGUUGCACUCGAUCGCCUUCCUCAUGGUCGGCACCAGCUUCUGGCUCUGCUGCUGCAUCGCGCUCGGUGCUUUUGGAUCGCUGAUCGCUGCCAGGAUGCCAGCUGACCUGCAGCGCAUGGGCCCGCAAGGGCUGCGCGCGCACCGACAGAUCUGGCUGGCCCUGGCGCAGCUCCUGAACCAGCUGGGCGUCGCGUGGGGUCGUCUUCAAACGCUGCUCCUCGCCAUCCUCUUCUUGGCCAUCACUUCGAUAUCCUUCGUUAUAACGGCAUAUGUGCUUCACGGCAUCUGGGACAAGCGAUUGGUGUGGCUGGGCACGGCCGUGUUCUUCGUCGUCAUAUCCAUCUUCAACAUCUGCAACGGGGCGCAGAUUGCCACCGACGGGGUACGCCUCGCCGCCAUCCGGCAGCUGCUUGCGCUGUCCGUGACACACAAGGACGAGCCUACCUGCCACGAAAUUAUUUGCUUCUUGGACGACAUUCGACUCGAGCGACAUCACCUCACGGUCUGCAAGCUAGGUGGCCUUAGCCGUGCGUCCUUGCUCUCGUUCUUCUCGCUGGCCUGUACGUACGUCGUCGUGCUCUCCCAGUUCACCCUCUCCUCGGAAACCUCCAGGACGAAGUUCGACAAGCUGCCGGCCGACCUUGUCAUAGAAAACACAUGAUCGCAGUGAAUUCCCCUUAUUGUGUGCCCCGUGUACAACCCGACCCGAAAACAAUAAAGUAAUCACCCACCGAACCUGA